AACCUCCCAUUGCAUCACAUAUCAUAUCUGUCUCUCUCUCUCUCUUCAUUUUACAUUUAUAUUUGCACAUUAAUUGUGGUGUGGUUGAAGAAGAUGAAGAAGGCGUGUCUUGCUGUUGCAGUCUGUGUGGUGAUGGUGGUGCUUUUGGGAGAAGUGGGCGUGACGAGCGCCGUGACAUGCAAGGCGGUGGAGCUCAGCUCAUGUUAUGCGGCGAUCACGUCGUCCCAGCCGCCGUCGAGUCAGUGUUGCAGUAAGCUGAGGGAGCAGAGGCCUUGCCUCUGUGGCUACCUCAAGGAUCCAAACCUCAGCCAGUAUGUCAAUUCUCCCGGUGCCAAAAGGGUUGCCAGCGCCUGUGGUGUGUCCACCCCUAAAUGCUAACUAAGCUCCUAGAUUUCACUACCAUGCAUGCACUCAAAGAGUACUAAAAUAUUCUAUAUAUAUAUAUAUAUAUAUAUAUAUAUGAACUAAGAAUAAUGUUUUGCUACAUACAUACAUAUAUGUAUGUAUGUGUAAUCCUUGUUUUCUUUAAAUGGUAUGUGCAUGUACCUGUUUUUAUAUAUUGAGCUUAAUGAUA